CUCGUUCGCUGUGCCCCUUCUUUCCUCGCAGCUUUUGGAAAGCAGUUCUAUAACUCCAACUCCGCCAUCCACCACUCACCCCUUCAACAAAACAACAACUGCACGCUCGCCGCCGGCACUGGGCCGCGAAGAAAAUCCAUUUCCAGAUCUAUACCCACAACCCCCUCACCCCGGACCAGCGAGUCAACAUGGAUACAGACCCCGAAAAGGGCCCCUCCUCCCAUUCAUCCCCUACCUUCGCGCAUACCCCCCACCCAUACGGUGCCCCGCCAAUCCCGCACAUCUCUCUCCGCCGGCGGCGGCUUAUAUCGCAGAUCCUCUUGGGAGUAGGGCUCUUUAGUAUAGCGGGUUGGGUGAUUUGGGGGAUGGAAGCAGAUGCUUCUUUGGCCAAAGGGCGACCGAUAGAUGCGUCCAUACCUGGCAUUCCGCUAGGCGCCGACGGCACGCCAUACCCAAUUCUCUUCGAGCCCGACCCCACAUCCUCCUCCUCCUCCUCAUCUUCCCCAUCCCCGACUAGUUCUGACAAGGAUCCAAACCGCGUCCUCUCCCACGCAGAAAAGAUGGCAGCCCAGGGCAAGAUCAAACCGCAAUCCUGGGGCCUCGAUCUCAAUCCCGACCACAUCACUGCCGGGCUCUCGCCAUGGCCGGCAAAGCCCGAGGUGAAUGAGAGCAAUGAGCCCUUGUCGGUGUUGGGCCACUUUGCGGACGGGAUCUACGAUUACGGGCCCCAGGGGAAAGAUGAGUAUGACAGGGUCAUGCGCGAAUUCGUCAAGAUCGCAUUCCCCAAAGCAGCGCAUGCUGUCCUUCUCAAAGGGCUUGACCAUUUCCUGGGCGACGUCUCAGGAGCAGAAGAAGGGGGUGAUUGGGCAUGGGAUAAAGAAAAGUAUGUGUGGCAGACGGACAAGGACGGACAGCGGGUUGAGAGUAAGGAAGUGAAGAGCUGGAGAGAUUGGAAGACGGUGAAUGAAAAGUGGGAGUGGGAUCUGUUGACGGAUAAGGACGCUGAAAAGUGGGUCAAGAAGGUGCUUGCGGGUAGUCGGGUCAGGCAAGUCUGGGAUGCGCUUCCCAGUGGUAUUCUCCGCUCGGACAUGCUCCGGUACCUCCUCCUCCUCCUCCGCGGCGGCAUCUACUCCGACACCGACACCACCCUCCUCAAACCCCCCUCCAAAUGGGGCGCGCCCCCCACCACGCCUCCCACAUUGUUCAACAACGGCGACGGCUGGCUCACGCCCGAGCAGAAAGCGAGGCUGGAAGCGGGCGAGUCGCAUGAUGAAGUUUUGGGGCGGGCGAGUGUGGUUGUCGGGGUGGAGGCUGAUGUGGGGGAUAGGGAAGAUUGGUAUGAUUGGUGGCCGAGACCUAUCCAGAUAGUCCAAUGGACAAUGGCCUCCACCCCCUCCCACCCCAUCGCUCUCAACGCCCUCCUCCGCAUCCUCCACGCCACCUCCACCGCCAUCCACUGGUCCCACACCCAAGCCCGCGUCAUCAAGAUCCUCCUCGACCAAGGCCGCUACGCCGACGCCAAGUCCCUCGCCGAGGUCACGGCGCUGAAUGAGCCAAAGAAUGGCGGGCCGGUGGGGGUGAUGGCGUGGACGGGGCCGGGGGUGUGGACGGAUGCGGUGUUGAGUUAUUUGAAGGUUGGGUGGGGGGUCAGGUGGGUGGAUUUGAAGGGGUUGAGGGAGCCGAUGAGGGUUGGGGAUGUUUUGAUCUUGCCUGUUACUGGCUUCUCGCCGGGUGUAGGCAACUUUGGCGCUCAGCAGAGAGGGGACCCUCAAGCAAUGGUGGAGCACGGCUUCGCCGGAAGCUGGAAGACCCACGGCGAGCCAUAAACCUCUGCCUUAACAUUACAUUACCACCCCAGCACAGCGCGCCCUGUACAAGGACCUCUGUACAAAUGGCUAUGGCGCGCCGAGAGAAAGUCGAGAGACCGCUGCUCUUCCUCAACAUCCAUAGACUGCCCUAGACUGCCCUGUUGUAUCUAGUACCCUAUCAUAGCUCUUUAUCUUAUCGCACCGUCACGACUCCAAUGCAUGCGCCUUUUUGUACUCCG